AUGACGUCACAAUCUCAAUGCCAUGAUAAUGAUGUUAAAUCUUCACGGGACAAACAUGUCCAUUAUCCCAUCGAAUCAAUUAAUGAAAUCAAACAAUUUGAAAUGCCGACUUUUGUAGAACGAACGCAUCGUAAAUCAAAUGAUUCGGAACGAACAUUGUUCGUUUCUCACUUUGACCUUCAAGACGCUUUUGAAAGUAGCAUUUACGACAAACCUGAAGCACAUACUUGUGAUUGUGUCACGAGACUCGCAUUAAGUAAUAACGAUAAAAUGUCCCAGGAUCAAAUUAUUCAAAAUGUGCCGCAGCAAGAAUCGUCACAGAAUGACCAACGUUCUGAUAAUGAAAUCGUUUUACUGUUCAUUAUAGUUUCGAUCGUUUCUUACGCCAUAGGAUAUUUCGGUUUCGCUUUCUUUUGGAUUACGUUGAUAUUAUAUCAGUCCACAAUAUGGUUUCUUAAUACGGUUAAGGAUAAUAAAGAGCGAGUGCGUUGGGAGGUCACAAAAGAAAUGGCGAUGGAUAAGAUUUAUGAAUUACAAAUACAAAUUCGAUUAUUAUUUAGGCUGAAUUAUUUGCUUCAACAAAUAUGGAGAACAUUUGAUCCAUCCCUUUUGAUAGGACUUCGAGACAUGUUUGAAGACGCGAUGUCUCGUAGCGCACCUUCUUUUUGCGCAACGGAUAUUGAAAUUGAAAUCGGUCUUAUCGCCCCUCGCAUUGAAAAUAUUAAAAUUCUGCCACGACGCGAGAAUCAGGAUGACGACGACGUAAUAGUUGGGGAGGCCACAUUUUCUUUUCGUGCACGUUCUUCUACCAUGAACCGUAACGAUGCCCCACCACAUAUUUUAGCAUGGAUCAAAACUGGAAUUUCAGCAAUAAUCCCUAUAAAGGUCGAAUUGAUAGGUUUUAAAGCUUCAAUUCAUUUUGAGAUCAAAGUUACUGGUACUUCACCAUUCAUUUCAACUGGGAGAUUUAGUUUUCUCAACUUUCCAUUAUAUGAGACGAGCAUUAUGCCUUUGAUACCUAUGAACAUCGCACAGUUUCCCAUUAUAAAACAAUUCAUUCGCAAUGCAAUGCAAUCCGUCAUGGAACAAUUCACGUCUCCAAACUUCUUCGAUUUGGACUUGGAACAAUUGCUUACUGGAGACGAUCUUUUACAUGAUUCACAAGCUAUUGGAAUAAUGAAGGUCGAUAUAUUUGAGGCAAGAAAUCUAACAAAAGUUGAUGUGUCUGGCGAUAAUGAUCCAUAUGUAAUAUCAUCUAUGGACCCUUCGCCUUACAUGCACACGCAUUCUAAUACACGAGUAGUUGAGAACUGCGCAAAUCCAGUGUGGAGCGAAACAUUCUUCCAUAAAAUACCAGAACUCGAUAUUGUAGAUGAACAUAUCAAAUUCAAGCUUUGCGUUAUGGACUGGGAUAGAUUCACAACUGAUGAUCAUAUUGGGUCAAUAUGGAUUGAUAUUAAAGACGCAAUUGGCAAUGGAAAAGAUGAGACAUUAAUUCAUGAAGGGUAUGCUAUGAAUUUGCAGAUAACAACUGCGCCAUAUAUUGAAGAAUCGGGAAUAACAAUGUCAGAUAAUUAUUAUAACACGUCCUAUCCUAACCCAUAUGCUGUUGUUUAUCUUAAUGACAGUCGAGUAUUUCGUACGAGAGCAAAAUUAAACAAUGUUGCUCCAUUCUGGAAUGCGUCAACGGAACAAUUCGUAAAAGAUUGGAAAACUGCAAUAGUAAGAGUAGUAAUUAAGGACCAAAAAGAUCUCGAGUAUGAUCCAGUCAUUGGAAUGGUCACAUUACCUUUGAAAGAAUUAUUUGAGCAAAAAGAAAAGAAAGCAGCAAUCAAAUGGUACGCAUUGCGUCAUGGCGUUGGUUGUGGAAAAGUACGUCUAAGUUUCCUCUUCAAAACAGUAAGUAUGAGAUUACCCCCUGAAGAUAGAGGAUAUGAUGUUGGAACAUUGCUUAUUAAUUCUAUUACCGCCGAAGGGUUAGAUGAGUAUUAUGCAAAUCGAAGUAUUUACUUGACGUUAACCUUAACCAAUACAGAAAUCGAACAAGAUACUGAGGUGACCAACGAAUUUCCACCCACAUGGCUCGAACCACGAUCAAUAAAUGACACGAAAAAUCGUAUGGAAUUCGCAGUAUUUCGUCGAUACAGAACUUCACUUAAAAUUACACUUAGAUAUAAAGGAAUAUUUGGAAUUUAUCAUACCGUGGGCACAGUGGAAUAUUGGUUAAGAAACAUUAAAGAUUGUCGUGAGACAGAAGUAGAAAUACCUAUGUUUGAGAGUUUACCCAAAUAUUUUCCUACUUUAGAUGUAACUGGAUCCGAUCAAAGGUUUGAUAAUGAGCUUUCCAUACCUACAUGUGAAUCACCUACUUCAUUAAACAUUAAGGAGGCUAAUUUGGAAAAAGAGUUAUCAAAAUCGUCAGAGAGAGCAACUGAGAAAUUACCAUCAAUUGUGAAUUCAACAAACGCGAUUCCGCCUGAAAAAUUUGGUGAAUCAUCAUCACAAAAGACUCAUAACGAAAUACAAAAGUAUAAUAAUGACUUGGAUUUUACUAAAUCAAAUGUUGGCAAGUUGUCAAAUAUCACUCAAUCUAACGGAAGCAAUGACGAUAUGCCUCUGAAUAAUAGUGCAGCCGAUUCUGAUGUCUCAACGUCGCAACAUAGCAAAAAUAAGCAAUCCGUAAAAUCAUUUGGUAAUACUCCAGCGGCUAACAUCCCAGAGGAGGCAUUGUUAUCAGAAGUUUCUCCUAAAAGUUCACAAGAAUCAUCUACCACAACAGAAAAUCUUGCAAAUAAUUUAGAUUCUUAUAAAAUUAAAGGAUAUUUAAAGUUUAAAGUAUAUUUCAGACCAGGAUUAUCAUUAGCGCAUGAAAAAGAUGUUAAACGUAGUUUAACAGGAGCCAAUGCAAGUAUCUUGUACCAAAAUCCUUUCUGCACGAUGGAGGAUAUUGAAGAGCAACAAAAAAGAGAACGUGAACAAAGAAGGCAAGCUACAAAUAUGUAUAAAGAAAGAUCCAUACCAAGUGGUGAAACUUAUGAAUCUGAAACGGGAAUGGAAAGAAGAAUUAAUAGAGUACAUAGACGUAGAACCAUGAGACAAUUACAGUGGGUAAAAGAUUUGGUAAAAGCCAAGGUUGUUUCCAUAAGCGGAAGACGUGAAUGGGAAGAUCAAGAAAUUAUUGAACAUGAAGUAUAA